AGUAGAUGUAAUUGCUGGUAAUGGUGGUAGGAGGCAGCUUUAUGAAGCCACCAGUGAGAUAUCCAGAGGUCCAGGAGGAUGCUAGAUCACCUAAAGAUGCCGGCCUGAUCUCGAGAGGUGACCUACGUCAAAUAAGAGGGACAUGGCGAACUAUAAAUCAAACAUGUCUAUUCUAUUCAGCGGAUCGUCCGAGUAAUUCUGGUCUACUCUCCUUCUAUCAAGCAUUGAACCAAAGCAUACGUCGUUGUAAUGAAAUUCUGGACGUAUUUGUACCGGAGAAACCGAUACAGGAAUGUCACUCGAGCAUUAUGGCGGCCUUCAAACGAUGCGAAGAGGAGGCCAAUCUGACCUACCCUGAACGAGACGUUCGUGUUAAGAAUCUGACCCAGUUCCGACCAGCGUUCACAUCACGCGAAAUGGAGGAGCGCAUUCGAGAGAAGAUCGAACGCGAUCGCCUAGAUGCUUUGGAGGAGGAUAAAUUUCUGCCUAUCACCACAUGAUUAUCUAUUGCCCUUCUACAAUUGUAUGGGUAUAUUUGAACGCCUGUGCGAUCGCUUC